GUGACCUGGUGUCUCGAGCCAUGCACCACCUCCAGCCCCUCAAUAGCAAGCAGCACGGGAAUGGGACACCAAUGCACCAGAAGCAGGGAUCACUCUAUUGGGAGCCAGAGGCUCUGUACACCCUCUGCUACUUCAUGCACUGUCCGCAGAUGGAGUGGGAAAACCCCAAUGUGGAGCCGUCAAAAGUCACGCUGCAGACCGAGAGGCCGUUCAUUGUGCUGCCUCCCCUGAUGGAGUGGAUCCGGGUGGCUGUGGCUCACGCAGGGCACCGCCGCAGUUUCUCGGUGGACAGCGAUGACGUGCGGCAGGCGGCGAGGCUCUUGCUGCCGGGAGUUGACUGCGAACCGCGACAGUUAAAAAUCGACGACUGUUUUUGUGCCUCUCGGAAGCUGGAUGCAGUGGCCACCGAAGCGAAGUUCAAGCAGGACCUGGGUUUCCGGAUGCUCAACUGCGGCCGAACGGAUCUGGUUAAACAAGCCAUAUCUUUGCUGGGGCCUGAUGGGAUUAACAGCAUGAGUGAACAGGGCAUGACUCCACUGAUGUAUGCUUGUGUCAGGGGUGAUGAGGCUAUGGUGCAGAUGCUGCUAGAUGCUGGAGCAGAUCUGAAUGCUGAGGUUGUCAGUACUGCUCAUAAAUACCCAUCCGUCCACCCUGAGACCCGCCAUUGGACAGCUCUGACAUUUGCUGUGUUGCAUGGACAUAUUCCUGUAGUUCAGCUGUUGCUGGAUGCUGGAGCAAAGGUAGAAGGUUCCUUGGAGCAUGGAGAGGAAAAUUACUCUGAAACUCCUUUACAGUUGGCAGCAGCUGCUGGAAAUUUUGAACUGGUCAGUUUGCUGUUGGAGCGAGGAGCUGACCCCAUGAUAGGAACAAUGUACAGGAAUGGCAUUUCCAUGACUCCACAAGGUGACAUGAACUCUUUCAGUCAGGCUGCUGCACAUGGACACAGGAAUGUCUUUCGUAAGCUGCUCGCACAGCCAGAGAAGGAGAAGAGCGAUAUCCUGUCGCUGGAGGAGAUCCUGGCCGAAGGGACAGACCUGCCUGACGCGGGAGCGGCUCCGCUCUGCGCCAGCCGCAACAGCAAGGCCAAGCUGAAAGCCCUGAAGGAGGCCAUGUACCACAGCGCCGAGCACGGCUACGUCGACGUCACCAUCGACAUACGGAGCAUAGGUGUUCCCUGGACGCUGCACACAUGGCUGGAGUCCUUGCGCACGUCCUUCCAGCAGCACAGGCGACCCCUCAUCCAGUGCUUGCUGAAGGAAUUCAAGUCCAUUCAGGAAGAGGAGUAUACAGAGGAGCUCAUCACACAAGGGUUGCCUCUGAUGUUUGAGAUACUGAAAGCCAGCAAGAAUGAAGUGAUCAGCCAGCAGCUCUCUGUCAUUUUCACUCAUUGCUAUGGACCCUACCCUAUUCCAAAGCUCGUUGAAAUUAAGCGCAAGCAGACCUCUCGCCUAGAUCCCCAUUUUCUUAAUAACAAAGAGAUGUCAGAUGUUACAUUUCUGGUGGAAGGAAGACCAUUUUAUGCACAUAGAGUGUUGCUAUUUACUGCAUCACCAAGGUUUAAAGCAUUGCUGUCUAGCAAGCCCUCAUCUGAUAGUACUUGUAUUGAGAUCAACUACGUGAAGUACCCUAUCUUUCAGCUGGUUAUGCAGUAUCUUUAUUAUGGAGGUGCAGAAUCACUCCUGAUUAAAAAUAAUGAAAUUAUGGAGCUUCUCUCUGCUGCUAAAUUUUUCCAGCUUGAAGCUUUACAACGGCACUGUGAGAUCAUUUGCGCAAAAAGCAUUAACACAGAAAACUGCGUGGAUAUUUAUAAUCAUGCCAAGUUUCUCGGAGUCACAGAACUAUCUUCCUAUUGUGAAGGCUACUUUCUAAAAAAUAUGAUGGUCCUCAUUGAAAAUGAAGCUUUCAAACAGCUGUUGUAUGACAAGAACGGAGAAACAUCUGGUCAAAAUGUACUACAGGACUUACAGAGGACGUUGGCCACAAGGAUUCAGUCAAUUCAUUUGUCUUCUUCAAAGGGCUCCAUUGUGUAA